UGUGUAUGUUUAGGCGCCAUCCUGUCGGUUCAACGCAGUAAAUGAUGUUUAAACGUUGAUGAUAAGCCACGCGUAAGUAAGAGUUUGCGACAUCCUGUCGAGUCACAUUUCGCUCGCUCGUGGUUACGUGGAAGAAACGACUCGGCAUUGCUCUUCACAUUGACACCCAAUGAGAUGCAAGCAAACGCAUAUAACUACCAAAACGUGCAUAGGCAAAUGUCAAACUACUGUUCGCGCCGAAAGUGGAUUUUACUGAUCGCGCUUAUUUCGUGCAUUGUUGUCGCUGUUUUGAUUACGAAAUAUCCGCGGUUUAUUAACAAUGAUACAACAGUACGCGAUACGUACCUGGAUAAUGUAUCCACAGAUCUCUAUCAAACAGAUGAAAAAUGGUACAAUAAGAAGAAUAUAUCUACCUUGAGCUCAGAAUCCUUUUAUGAUUUAUUAGCCGAUAUUCGUCAAAAUUGGAUAAUAUGGGAUCAUAAUCCAAAAAAAUCAUAUGUGCUACAAGAACCAUAUGUAGAAGAUCCGUCAAUGGGACAGUCAACUGCAAUACGUGAAAUUUUCAAUGAUAAGAAAAACGGAUUUUACGUAGAGUGUGGCGCGUACGACGGGGAAAUACGUAGCAACACAUUGUUUCUGGAGCGGUUUAGAGGAUGGUCAGGUCUCUUGAUAGAAGCUGAUCCUAUCAAUUUCACGAAGAUGUUGCAAAAGAACAGAAGGGCCUAUCUCUCGCCAACGUGUCUCAGCAUUACUAAGAGUCCUACGGUGGCAUCCUUUCUCAUGGCCAGAAAUAUAGGUCGUCUACAUGAACCCGAAAACACGACAAAGGAUAUGCCUGCAAAUACGCUCGAUGUGGCUUACACGGGUAAUCACGUCCGCGUGCAAUGCUUUCCAUUAACACUUUACAUCGCCGCAUUAGAAAUCAAAACGAUCGAUUAUUUCAGCCUUGACAUUGAAGGCAAUGAGAUCGACGUAUUAGAAACAAUACCGUUUCACGAGGUGGAUAUAAAGGCUCUAUCUGUGGAGUUCAUACACAAUAAAAAAGGAAAAAAGUAUCUGAUCGAUAUGAUGGAACGUCAGGGAUACUACGUUUACAGUUUGGUCACGCAUUCGGACAACUUGGCGAACGAUAUUAUUUUUGUAAAGCGCGACAUAUGACGA